AAAAUCAGUUAAUUUUCUAGGAAAAGAGGUAGCUGAUUGAUAACAGAAACCAACCGUUUGGAGUUCUAUGGCCAGUUCAGCUUUAUCUCUUUCUGUGCAUCAACCCAAUUCCCAAUUCUUCUCUCCAUGUCUACGAUGCUGCAAAAUUUGGAAAAACAGUCCCUCUUCUUUCUCUUUCUCAGAUGGCGAUUAUAAGCGUUCUGUCACUUGCUUUUCUUCCAAGAAAAAAAUAGGUUUUAUGGACCAAAUUCUUGAUUACAUUGAAGGGGGUCCGAAGUUGAGGAAAUGGUAUGGGGCACCUGACCUCCUUCCAAAAGAUGGAUCGACUUCUGAAGAAAAUGAGUCUACUGAAGAAGAUGAAGUCAGGGAUGCAGUUUUAGUUACCGAUGGAGAUAAUGAGAUUGGUCAGAUGGUUAUAUUGGCUUUGAUAAUCAAAAGAACUCGGAUCAAAGCUCUGGUAAAGGAUAAGCGGGUUGCCAUGGAAGCUUUUGGUACUUAUGUUGAGCCAAUAGCAGGUGAUGCAAAAGACAGGUCAUUGCUAAAGAAGGCUCUAAGGGGUGUUCGUGCUGUGAUAUGCCCAAAUAUCUAUGUGUCCACUCGCAUAUGCUUCUGGUGUUGGAUUUAUCUUGAAGGUUUUAUAUCAAAUAUAGAGAGUUGGAAAGGUUUACAACAUGUGAUCCUGUUAUCACAGCUAUCUGUUUAUAGAGGUUCUAGUGGAGUUCAAGCAAUUGUUACUGCCAAUGCAAGGAAACUGGCAGAACAAGAUGAAUCACUGGUUAUGGCUUCGGGAGUCCCUUACACCAUUAUUAGAGCGGGCUUAUUAGUAAAUGCACCGGGUGGAAAUCAAGGUUUUAACUUUAAAGAGGGCUGUGCAUCACAAGGAAAGCUGAGCAAGGAGGAUGCUGCUUUCAUCUGUGUAGAGGCCCUUGACACUGUGCCGCAGAAAGGACUGACAUUUGAGGUGAUCAAUGGUGAGGACAAGGUCAUGGAUUGGAAAGAGUGCUUUGCAACCUUGAUAGAGAAAUCGGAGCUGUAGUUUGUUUGGAUCCAAAAUUGGUACAUUCUUUUUUCUUAAUUACAAUCUACACAUCAUCAUGUUUGAGAGAAUUCAUCAUAAUAUAAUGAAGUUGAAAUUUUCAAUUCA